AGCUGCGAUGGCGGGAUGCAACGCGUCCUGCUUCCAUCGUCGAAUGCGUACCGCCUACAGGUUAGUACUAUAAUACUUGCUCCCACUGACUGGGGCGGUGUCGACGUCUUGUAUAAUAGUGAUAAUUAAGCCUUUUGCAGAUACCUGCGGGGCGUGCCUCAUGAGACUCGGGAAAGGGAAAAAGAAAAAGAAAAAGAAAAAGGAAAAUAUCCGAUUGAUAUCAAUCAACCGUCUCUGUCGUCUCUUGUCUCUCCUCUCCUCUCCCUUCUCCGCCUGCUUUUGUUUUCUUUCAUGACAUCCAGCCAGGCCACACCCCAUCCGUCUCCAGCUGGCGGUGAGUUCUCGUCCGCAAUCGCCGUGGAACCAUCGGAAUCAAAUGUCACCUCCGCCUCUGCGUCACGGCCUCGGCGCCCUCGUCGCGAAAUGUUUCCUACUCGUCGCUAUUCUCGCAGCGCUCUCCGCUGCGCGUCCCGAGCCUCAGUCCAGGAAUGUUGUCCGGAAUGACCCGAGAGCGAAGCGCAAUUCUCUCGCUAGGUUCAAAAAUCUCAUCGAUAUGGGAACCGAUGAGACACGGACCGAUAGCGCUGCCCCCGCUGCUACAACUGCACCCCUGGAGUGUUUCCAGGUUGCCGAACCUGUCCUGACCCACGAAGGGCUCAAGUUCCGCGAUGCAGCGCUCCAGCAAAUAGCGGCCCCGACCCCGGCUGGCAGCAGUACUGGUGCUGAUGCAUCUACUGUCUUGUUAUUUGAGCACUCUUUCACAAACAGCUACGGAUAUCCCUUUGUCGGCAACUACACGCCUCCCGAUCACGAUUUCGACCGUGUCGUCCUCAACUUCACCGUUCUGGUAAGGGGGCGCCAGUACGACCGGACGGGCGUCCUAUACCUCGGGGAUACCGAGGUGUGGAGAACAACUACCGCGGAACCUACUUCGUACGGCAUUCGUUGGGUCUGGCUGAAGGAUGUCACUCCGUUCCUAUCCCUCUGGAAGCGGCCGCAGACUCUGAUUUUCGACUUGGAGAACAUUGUAGACAACACUUACACAGGAAUCCUCAACACGACGCUUACGGCGACAUUUUUCAAGGGACCAGUAGGAGCUGGGGGUAGUGGCCGCGCGCCUGCCGACUUGAUCAUUCCCAUUAGCGAAGGGACUGGGUCGACGGGAGAGCCGAGCCAGUUCACCUACCCGGAGCAAGAAGCCACCAGCACGGUCAGCUUCCCGCGAAACGCCAACCGCGCCGUCUUUACCGUAGACGUUAAGGGCCAGGGAGAUGAGGAAUUCUGGUGGAGCAAUGUGCCGCAGAGUGCUACGGACACAUUUAAGGCUGACUACGGUGCGAUGCCCGGGUACUCGCCGUUUCGCGAGGUACAGGUGCUUAUCGACGACCAGCUCGCUGGUGUCUCCUGGCCAUUCCCGGUCAUAUUCACCGGGGGUGUGGUCCCACAACUUCACCGCCCUAUCGUCGGAAUCGAAGCGUUUGAUAUCCGGGAGUCUGAAAUCGACAUCACUCCCUGGCUGCCUUUGCUGUGCAACGGGGAAGACCAUACCUUCAACAUUCGGGUGGUGGGCUUGGAAGACGAUGGCGUGUCGCAGGCCUCCCUGUCCUCGACCACGCAUAGUUCGUGGUAUAUCACCGGCAAGGUUUUCGUCUGGCUCGACGACGAAGGGUCCGUCACGACGGGAACAUCGAUAAAGAAAUUCGUUAACGACCCGAGCAUUAACUUCUCGCAGCGAAUCAAGCAGAGCGAGAGUGGCAGCAACGAGACCCUCGACUAUACCCUCGCGGUGACGCGCACGCUAUCCUUCAGUUCGUACGUGAAGACGCAGCGCGGGCAAGGCGCCGCCAAGUGGACGCAGUCCCUGUCGUACAAAAAUAACGGCAGCGUCUAUGCGCGCGGGUACGACAACGUAAACACACUCAACAUCGCGGGCGCUGAUGCGGCUACGAGCGCGGGUCUGGACAUAUCCUACUCUGCCAGGUACAGCUACCCGCUGUUCUGCAAUAGUAGCGCGUCGUACCUGCCACAGGGAAACCUGACGCUUCGAGCCCAGCUCGACCAGGGCAUAGAGCUCGAGAUCUGGGGCGCGUCCGUCUUUCCCAGCGGGCUCGAGGGGUUUGCCGCCGUCGCCGGCCCCGAGGUGCCCAAGUUCCAGGGUUCAGUGCGCAAGACACUGCGCAACGGCACGGCGAUCUACCAGCGGCCGGGAGAUAAUACCUACAGCACGGGGGUCGGCCAGUCGCACCAAAUAUUCUCCUUUAGAGGGCUAUCGGACCGCGGAGAGGGCGAAGAGGUGGUUGCUACUCCGCUAUACUAUCGUAACGUUAGUGCUUCCAAUGACACCGUCGUCAAGGACCACGUAGAGCUUUGGGGGGAAAGUAUCGGUAAUGGAUCCGAGAAUUGAGAUCUCACAUACAAAAUUUCUUCCCUGCGAUGUGUUGGGGUCUAGAGCCCCCUCCAUUCUAUGUAAUGUAGAGGCGCUGGCAACGCAAGAAAGCCUGAUCAGCUACCUAGUUAAUUACGUGGCGACGAUGCCGGUUUGGAGAUGGCAACCCGUCGAGAGCGGUCUUGAAAAUCGCAGUGCGACUAAUUCGUUACAUCUAUGCCCCGUAGAUGGGAUAAAGUAGUAACAAGUGUGUGUGGCUAGACGAUCACAGCGAUCCC